UGAUCCACAAGCUCCUCCUCGAUGACGCGGAAGGAGGCAAAAGGAAAAUGGAAGAACAGCAGAAAAAGGAUGAGUCGCUAGUGCUGAAAGUGAACCAAGAGUGUCGCCCUGAACGUCUCUCAGAUUCGGAGAACGAAGAACCUUUCCGGGGCAAACAAGCGCAUCGGUCGGCCUUCGUUUCCAAGAGCAGUGCCUACUCCUUUGCUUUCCUUUCAGGGACCUUGACCUCCAAGGUGCAGAGGAGCCGGAGCUGCAAUGACACCGUUCAGGAGAGAUCGAAGAGCAGGCAGAGAUCGGCCCCAGCCAACAAGGCAAAGGUACUGCCCGUUCCCGCCAUGCCCAGCGCCUCGACGCCGCUGCUCGGGGUCCUGUCGUCGACGCAGAACAACCGCUGCCUCUCGGCGCCCGACCUGAGCGCCGAGAAGCGGCCGCUGCCCAACGCGGCGGCCUCCUUCCCGGCCCUGCACAAGCCGGAACGCUCCAUCAGCCCCGAGAGCAACGACAGCAUCUCCGAGGAGCUCAACCACUUCAAGCCCAUCGUGUGCUCGCCGUGCACGCCGCCCAAGCGGCUCCCCGACGGCAGGGUCCUCAGCCCGCUCAUCAUCAAGUCCACGCCGAGGAACCUCAGCCGGAGCCUGCAGAAACCGACCACCUACGAAGCCAGUCCCAGGAUCUUGAAAAAAUGGGAGCAAAUAUUCCAGGAGCGGCAGAUCAAAAGGACUCUCUCGAAGGCAACUCUCACGUCGUCGGCUUCGGAGCCCGGGGACGAGGUUCCGGCUCCUGAUGCCACCAACUGCAGCAGCUGCAUUAAAGAGCAACCACUGGCACGGGAUGAGCACGUCCCACCGGACACAGCGGGAGACGGGAGACAUCCAGAGGUGGAUUUCUUUCCUUCCAUCAGCGAAACGAAGCCAGGGAGGGGAGAGAAGAGCAGAGUGUUGGAGGCCUUAACAGUAGAUGACGGCUCCGCAGGAGCAGCCGCGAGAGCCAAGGGGGCCUCCCUAAACGCACGCGUGUCGGAAGGUCCGGACAGAACCGCGAGCGCCCACACGGACAAAUCCUGCCUCGGCAUCGGCCCCAAAAUGCUGAGCAGGAGGGUGCUGGGGGAGGAGCGCGAUCGCAGGCUGGCCCUGCAGCUGCAGCGGGUGUUCGACAGCGAGAACAGGACCGUGGAGAGGCGGAAGGGCCGCGCCGAGCGGUACCCGCUGCGCUCCAAGAGCACCUUGGGGGCCAAGUAG